AUGGAGCGUCGUCAGAGUCUAGAGGAGCAGCUCAGGUGUCCUGUCUGUCUGGACGUCUUCACUGAACCACUGAUGUUACAGUGUGGACACUCUUAUUGCAGGUGUUGUGUGCGCUCCAUGACAAUGGACCUGCUCGGCCAGCUGCAAUGUCCUGUGUGUCGUUGUGCAGUGGACGGAGAUAGUCCACCUCCCAAUGUUUGUUUGGCUCGAGUCAUUGAGGCUCUGCAGGAAGUAAGUGUUGCAGGUGGAGCUCAGCUGGAGAUGUGUCGUCAGCACCACAACCCACUCAGCCUUUACUGUGAGGAUGAACGAACAGUGAUAUGUGGCCUGUGUGGAAGCAUUGGUACCCACCGUGGACAUAAAAUCACACCUGUGAGCUCCAUCUACAGUCACAUGAAGGAGGACAUCUCCUGCCUGAUGACGGAGUUCCAGCAUCAGAAGCGUAGACUGGAAGAUCAGAUCUGUAAAAUGGCACACAACAAAUCCAGGAUCACA